AUCAAUGGCGUCGAGUUGACAAUCAUUGGUUCAGCCAAAUUAUUAAAAUUGCUGAACAAAAUAUCGAUAAAAAAAACUUUCAAUGACCUAAAGGAAAGCAUCUCCAGGUCCACCUCCAAUAUUUUGACCACCUCACCUUUCAAUGUUCCUGUUUCUGAGGCUUCUACCAGUUCCACCUCUCCCAGCAUUGAAGAAUUUAUUGCGGGUGAUCCUGACCCUUUAUUGAAGAAGCAAAAAAGAAAUCUGAAGCCUAUUAGGUCCUUAUUACGGGUAGUUUGCGACGAUAGGGUAAAUGCAACAAAUUCUAAGUCAAUCCGACUUAAAGGAUUUGUUGUAUUGGUCGGUGGGUUCAGUACUAUUUUAUGGCGGGCCAUUGGAUAA